AGUGUGACCGUGAAGGUCCAGUCGCCUAAAUGCAUUUCUGCAUCUAUAUUAAAUAAUUCAAAACGCAUACGUUAUGCAAAUUAUAGCUAAUAGCUUUUUAUAGGUUUGUUAAUAAUUAUUAAAUAUUAACGGUUGUUCCCCUUAUAUUGGGGAACCUCGCCAGGGGUUGAGACAUCCUUCUUAUUAUUUUAUUUCUAAACGAGAUAAGAUGGGAGGAUUUGGAAUUAAAUGAAAUAUAUAUAUAUAUAUAUAAAAUAUACAUUGAAUUCGCAAGCGAAAUCGGUCUAUAAAGGACACAUAUCUCCAACCACUUCCGCCGGACUCGCCGCCAGUCGUGCCAGGGAAGUACUUGCUUUUUUUCUCCUGAUCCUGAAAGGCGUCGAACCCGCGACCUGUUAAUUUUAUUUUAUUUGCGUUUUUUUUUUAUUAUUAGUCAACUUAGUAUGUUCUUAGAAGUAUUUAUAUUAGUUUUUUUUUUUAUAAGCAGUAUUAUUAAAUAUCUCUUUAGAAGUACUUAUAUUAGUCUAGUUUUACAAGUAGUGUUAUUAAAUAUCUCUUUAGAAGUACUUAUAUUAGUCUAGUUUUACAAGUAGUGUUAUUAAAUAUCUCUUUAGAAGUACUUAUAUUAGUCUAGUUUUAUAAGUAGUGUUAUUAAACAUUGUAAAAAAAAUUGUUGUUAUUAUUUAUUUAUUAUCAAAUAAAAUAAUAACGUGACAUUGGCGCCUCAACUCGGUUAUUCAGGAUCAGGAAUUUUAGUGUUGUGUGCGUGUAUAUUGUAAACCUUUUGUUUUUUUUUAUGACUUUUAUUUUGCCUUUUAUACUUUUGCAACUGCAGUGUAUAUAAUGUUUUAAUUUUAGUGGUAUCCUUAUUGUGUCUAAUUUGUAUACGUACAAAAAUAAAAUAUUUUGGUUUUAUUAAUAUAUUUAAUAAUAAGCUUUAUUAAAGCAAAUAUAUACUACAGUUGCACCCUAUUGUUGCAUUUUUUUUUCUCUUUAUUUUUUUGCUUUCCCGUGUAGUAAUUUUUACGAGCAUCCUUAAAAAAAAAAAAAAAAAAAAAAAAACUUAGGGGAUUACUAUUACCAAAAUUGUAACAGGACGGAGGAUUCUUACUUAAACAAAUUAGUUUUAUUGUAUAAUUAUAGAAUUUUAAACCUGCUCACAUAAACCUAGUAUAAGGAUUUUCUUAGACUUCUUAAAUUAUGUCAUACGAAAUUCAAUUUUUGUCCUUACAAAAAAACGAACUAAGCUAUGAGGUGGCCAUUAGAGGCGGCACACCCGGAGAAAACGUUCAAGAAUUACGCAGGCAGAUAGUCAAAUUAGCCAAUGUGAUGCCUUCGGAUGAUAUUAUUGAAUCUGGGUUUGAGUUUUCUGUAGACGUAGAGGGCAUCCGCGAAAGCCUUAUUAAAGUAGAAACGAAUUUAAAAACAUUAUCAGUGAAAUAUGAUAGAAAUUUAUAUAAACGUACUCAAAACUUACUUAACCAUCUAUUUCAUAGGAUUCAACGUCUGGAUGCUGUAGAUAAAAAGUCUACAGAUAUUCUAGAAAGCCUCAGGCUCAAGCUAAAUACAAAUUUUAAAAACUUAGAACAUCUUAAGCCUGAUACUGAUUCCUCAUCUGAAUUUACAGAUGCUCUUACAAUUACACCGUCCCCUAUUGUUGUUACAUGUGAUCGAGCUCAUUCUUCGGACUUAACUAGUAUUAAGUUUGAUGGAAAAACGUGCGUACUUUCGUUUGUCCAACGUAUAAACGACUAUAUAACAGCCCGUGGUAUUCCCUCUUCUAAAAUUAUAGAUUUUGGAACAGAAAUUUUCGUUGGUGAUGCUUUACACUGGUUUCGCAGUGUAAGAUCACAUGUUACGUCUUGGGAUAGAUUAUGCGAAUUACUGAAGGAUGUUUUUGUUAUUCCUGAUCAUGAUUAUCGCUUAUUAGACGAGAUAAAAGCUCGUACGCAAGGUGAAACUGAGAAUAUUACUAUUUACCUAGCCAUUAUGUCAGGCAUGUUUUCCCGUUUAUUUAAAAAACCUUCGGAGGAAGAUCAGUUAGAAAUUAUUAUGCACAAUAUCAAACCGUGUUAUGCUAGCGCUUUAAUUGCAGUGCCUGAUCUUAAAUCUAUUGAGGUCUUACGUACGGCUUGUAAAAAUUAUGAGAAUGUACAGUCUUGUCUUAAUAAAUAUCAUGAACCUCCUAAAAUAAAUUCAGCCACACUAGCACCCGAAUUUGCAUUUAAGCCACUCACUAAUUUAGC